AUGAAUUCUUCCUUCUGGAUACAAAGAGACAGCAACAGACCUGAUUUAUUCUGUGGGAGGCCAGCUGACUACCUUAUUCAAGCAGACCGUUUCCCAAUACUUGUAUGUUUCAUUGUUGCUUUGGGAGGGUUUUUGAGGAUUUGUUUAAAUAAUUCUGAAGGCAUUGCUUUGACAAUUCUUUCUCUAUCAGGAUUUGUGAUAGGACAACUGGCCUACAAUUUUGUUGGAGUGCACCAAAUUGUCUCUCCUCUUCUAAGAACACCAAGUUUUUCACUUUAUUCUUAUUUUUUGCCUUUAAUUAUAUUUAUGGCUGCUUUGGAUGUGGACUUUCAUCUCUGGUUUGUCGAUCCAGGUGAUCUCAAGAUUUCAUUCCAUCAUCAUGCAACAUAUCUUGCUUUUCCUUCCAGUCUUCACUGUUCUCUGUUAAGGCCCUUGCUUUUCUUUGUCACAGGUUUGUGUGCUAUCUCCCUCCCAAAACAAAUGGUCAUGCAAAAUACCAUUCAGCACAUACAGGAGAUUAUAGAGAACAGGAUAACUUUAUCUAAAACAGAAAAAAUUUUGACAAAUGUUAAUUGGGCCUUAGUAGAAGUAAAAAUGAGAAUUGGACAUAUCAUUCCUUCUGAUACUGUUUGGUUUUCCCAUGUCUCACAGAAUGAAAUGGAGGAGUCCCCAACAGAUGAAGUUUUAAUGGAAGAAGCCAGAUUGAAGGUAGCCAUAAUACAAAUGAGUAACUUUGAAAGACAGUGUAAUGAUGGAAUCGUCGAAGCAGAGGCAGCCCAGAUAUUAAUUGGUGCAACCAAAAACUUCUGCCCUAUCCAAGGAAAAUUCAUGAGUAUUUAUGAUGUUUCAAAUUAUGUAAAAGCUAGAAGUUGGCCCUUGAAGUUUAAAAAAAUAUUAACUUUCUUGGAACAUCAUAAAGAAGAUAAACCUCUUCUUCUACCUGGAAGUAAUAAAUUUCUGAUUUAUGUGCAUCACAUUGUAUCCUCUGAAGAAUUUGAAUAUGCAGAACAUGUUAUAACACUGAUGUAUCCUGUGAUAAUACAUCUAUGCCCAAUGGCAAGAGAGUCAAAUGUGUCAACGCUGACAUUAAUAAACUACUAUUAUAUAUUUUUAUGUGUAAUAAAAUCAGCAUUGAGGAUAAUAAUUUUGAAAAGGAAAUGUUUUAAACAACCUUGGAAUACUUUGGAAUUUUUAAUCUUGGUUUUGGCAGUCCUUGAGAUUAUUUGCAUAUAUUCAUUGAAAUUGAGACCAGACAAUUUGGCUCUUAUUCAGGUUACAGUAAUAUUAGGAUAUUUAAGAUUAGGUAGAUUUCUUUCCCUCUUCAAGAUUUUAAUACCAAGACUGACAAAGAUUGUAGAUGUGCGCAUCAGAAAUGGCCUCGGCUUGAUGUACAGUAUUACAAAAGGCUAUGUCAAAAGUCAAGAAGAUGCCAAACUUUUAGUAAAACAUAUUUCUGGCCGUGAAUCAAUAUAUCAG